AUGGUCACGCCUGGCUGUGUGUUGGUCGCCAGCCGCAACUCCGCCUGGUGUGGUUGGAACAUCCCGGGUGGUACGAGGUGGGGGGCCACAAACACGUGGCUCGCCCCAGUGUCCACUAGGGCGGUGGCGGGUUGCCUGUUGAUAUCCACUGGGAUGCGCAGGAGGCUGUCCGAGGGGCGGAACUGCGACGUGCAGUGGACCAACGCCUGGUCGGUGUCGAAGCGGCGGGUGAGCGGUGUGGAGAACUCGCCCCACGGCAUUCCAAACUGGCCCCACAGGCCCCACCAUUGCUUUUCCCUCCGUGCCGCCUCCUCGCGCCGCGUCCCACUGCUGUCCCCCGGCGUGCUCUUGACAUUUCCAGGGGGCGUCGCCUCUCGCGAGCCGGGUCCGGGAGCCCCCCCACCCCUGGGCCAGGUGCUUGCAAGUGGCGGGGCGCUCUCCCGGAUCUUGGCCGGCGGCGCUCCGCCAUUGGCCGGGCUCCCCCUCCCCCGCGCAUGCGCCGUGGCACUCUCCCGCCCCGCCAGCGCCAGUUCAGUGCCUGACGCGACGGCGAGCGGUGGUGCGCGCGCGCCGAGAGAGCCGGUCAUCUCCCCUCGCGUGGACGCGCGCGUCAUGACUGUCCUGGACGCGUCCUGCGCGCUGGAGGACGUCUGCACGCGUGGCCUCAUGGGCCGGGCCGCCUCCGUCGACGACAAGGGCUACGUGGACUCGCUGUGCGGCGCCGAGCGCGACGAGCGCGCCUCCUGCGGCGGCGAGGACUCCAGCUACGACUCUGACUACGAGGCGGAGGACUCUCUCUCGCACCGCGAUGUGAGCCGCACCGUGUCCGACACGCUGGGCGCCGAGUUCGCCGAGUAUGUGUCGGCGCCCGACCCGGGCUACACGGCGCGCGUCGAGUUCGGCCUCAAGCUGGGCUACACGGAGAGGCUGGUGCAGGCGGCCCUGCAGAAGCUGGGGCCCAGCCCCGAGCAGAACGAGCUGCUGGAGGAGCUGAUCAGGCUGGGGGCGCACGCGUCGCGACACCCGGAGCCGGGCCUCGACGGCGCCGACGACCCGGCGGCGGAGGGCGCCCCGCCGCCCCCCCUCGAGCCGCCCGACGAGGGCGCCUCGCCCCUGCGGCCCGUCGUCAUCGACGGCAGCAACGUCGCCAUGAGUCACGGCAACAAGAAGGUGUUCUCGUGCCAAGGCAUCAAGCUGUGCGUGGACUGGUUCCGUGCUCGAGGUCACAAGCAAAUCACUGUUUUCGUUCCAAAGUGGCGGAAAGAGGCUGCUCGCCCAGACAACCCUAUCACAGACCAGGAGAUUCUCACGGAACUGGAGAAAGAGCGGUGCUUGGUGUUCACUCCGUCUCGCCUGAUUGGCGGAAAGAGGAUGGUGUGCUACGACGAUCGCUACAUUCUGCGGCUGGCUGCAGAGGAAGAUGGGAUCGUUGUGUCCAAUGACAACUACCGCGAUCUCGCCCAGGAAAGCCCCGAGUUCCGCAGAGUGGUUGAAGAGAAGAUACUCAUGUAUUCUUUUGUGAACGACAGGUUCAUGCCCCCGGACGACCCGCUCGGCAGGGGCGGUCCCACUCUCGACAACUUCCUGCGCGUGCAGCCGCGCAAAGGCGACCCCCCUCCCCUGUGCCCGUACGGGAAGAAGUGCACGUACGGAAACAAGUGCAAGUUCCACCACCCUGAGCGGGGCCCGCUGCCUCACAAGUCCGUCUCGGAGCGGCUGGCGGAGCAGGCCCAGAAGCACCUGCAAGCCCGCGGCCUCCACAGUCGCGACUCCAGCCCGGGAGGUCAUCUGAAAGGUGGCAAGUCACUGAGUUUGCCCCUCCCGGGAGCUUCGCCCCAAGACCAGGACACGAAGCUGCUGGGAGCCGUCAGGAAGACGCCUCUCUCACGCACCAAGUCCAACAUCCCCGGGUUGUCGGUGCCGGCGCCGGACUGCGACCCUCAGGGCCAGUCCAACGUGUCCAAGAGCCACAGCGUGGAGAACGUGGCGUGCUACACUCCCGGCCAGCCCGCCUACGGCCUGUGGGUCUCCGGCUCCUCGGCACAGUACCCCGUGGGGCCGGCCCCCCGCCUCCCCGACCCGGAGCCCCCUGCCGACCAGGGUGCCAACCUCCACCGCAAGCUGCAGCGCCAGCUGACUCUGAACCCGGCGUGCGACCCCCGCCUGAGCCGCAUGUUCCCGGGGCAGCAGCAGGGACCGGCGUACGCCCCCCUGUCUGCCUGGGAGCACCAGCAGCAGCUGCACCAGAGCGUCACGCGGAUAGCCUCGGCCCCGGACUCGUACCGCCCGUGGCCCCCGGCGGCGCCCCCCUUCCCCCCGGGCCACAUGCACCGCCUGGGCAGCACCUCCGACCCGCAGCUGAACCUGUGCGUGGCGACGGGGCCGGACCCCUUCGACGCGUGGCCCCCUGCCGUGGUGUGGCAGCAGCAGCAGGAGGACGCGCGCCGGAGACUGCACUACCACCUGGCCUCCAUCUUCCCCGAGGAGCAGGUCAAGAAGGCCAUGCAGUACUACCCGGACGAGACGAACCCCCAGAAGAUCUGUGCGGCCAUCCUGGCGAUGUUCCCCAAGCCGUAGUACUUUGUGUGUCGUUCCGAUGCUGUUUGAUCUUUUAUUGUCAGAUGUGUAAAGAAGGGGUUUCUUCAAAAAUUUGUGUACACUAAUGAAUUUUAUUUUAAAUAAGGAAUACUACUAAUCAUGUGACAACAGUGGUUUAUUCAUACCAAAAUUAAUUAUUUUAACACUUGGAUGUUUUAAAACAAAUUUGUAUAUGUGUUGAAAUGGUACACAUAUGCAUCUGUAGUGUUGCAUUAAAUGUGGUAAAAAUUUCAACGGAUGUGGGCAAUCCAGAAGCAGUUAUGAUGGUUAAAUAAUUACAUGUGUGUGUUUAUCACUGGAUUGUGCAAUGUUCCAUGUUGCUGCUUUUGAGAUGCAGCUUUAGACUCUUUUGGAGAGAGAGAGAGAGAGAUGAAUUUGAACGUGUAGUUUUACCACGUACCACGUGGUGCAUUUAAUUUUUUUAAAACUUAUAUUUGUGUUUCAGCUAUGUUUCUAGUGUCAUACAAAUUUAAUGUUUACUGUUUAAUGUUAUUUUACUUAUUUUUGGAUGAAAACUCUAUUUUAACUGAUUAUGAUUGUGUUUCCUAGUUUACACUAAAGUAUGCAUGUGUGGCAUUUUUGAAUGAGAUUUUGUGCCGAUGGAAUUGUGUGAUGAAUAUCUGUUUUAUUUUUAUAUCACUUGCAUGUGGCACUUUGAAAAUCUAAUAUCUGGACCAAUAUAAUGUAAUUUUUGUGUCUAAUGUAUGGAUUGAGACACAUUGUUCCAUGUGAGUAAUAACACUAUUUUAUCAGUUACAAUUUUUUUUUUUCAGUUUGAUUCUAACUGUUUGUCUCUGUGUAAAUUUUAUUUUACGGUCAUGUUUUGAUGUUGUCGCAUGUUUAUGGGAAACGUAAACAUUGGUGUAACAGCUAUGUGAAUGGAACCAGUUGCCUGCACAAAAUCUUGAUGCAUUUAAUAUGAAAGCAGGGAAGGAAAAAAGACAUUUAAUUAACUAACUUACAUGGUGGCAUGGCCAGUAGAAUUAUUCAUGUGGUAGCAAGUAAAGUAUUACGUGUAAGCAUCCUGCAGAUAAGAGGUUAGGAUUGGGUGCUGUAGCUAGUCACGGUCAACUGCCAGCAUGUGUCGAGGAAGCCCUUGUGUGAAGCCGUCGGUUAGCAUAAGAUUGAUUCUGAAUGCAUGUAUUUUUAGAUCUGUAACUGCUCAAUGUAAUCAUUGUGGCAAAAACAGAAUGUUGUGCACCAAUUAUAAAAAUUUAAAUUUAAAAAAAAAAUAGUGAUUUGCACUAUCCAAAAUAUCUGUAUUGGAAAUUUUAUUUGAAUGACCUCUGGAAAUCUUAUUUUGUAUGGUGUUUUUCUUUUGUGAUAAAAAAAAUUCAUUUAUAACAAAUGAUAAAACUUUGCCAACAGCUAUAAUCUUCAUAUUGAAGGAAAUAAAUCAGAAUAUAUCAAAAGCAUGAACAUUUUAUUCAGUCAUUGAAUACUAUGUAAAUCAUGUAGAAGUUUUUUUUUAUAAAGUUUUGUUGUCUAAAAGUAGAUGCUAGAGAUUAGCGCAAGUGAUUUUAAAUUUCUGAUACCAUGUAUCAAUUUAUUUUGCAAUACAUUGUUAAAGUAAAAUAAUUUUAAAUUGGAGAAAGAGUACGGUAUAUUUACCAAUGUAGGUUAAAAUGGCAAUGAAGGCUUCAAAAAAUAUUUUUUGAUUGCAUGUUCAAAAAUUGGUAGGUUUUAGUUCAUCAUUAGCAUGUGUUGGUAGUAAUAUACUCAGCAUGUUAGUGCACCAGUUGUAAAUUUGUUACCAGCCUUUACCAGUCCCAAUAAUCCUGAUUACUUCUGGGCAAGGUAGUUGUAAUGUUAUUUAUUCAUAAAAUCUCACAAAUGUUUUGUGAGCUGUGUUCUGAGACCUGUACAUUGUCAUUACUGUGUAUUUGAACAUAUUGUUAUUUGUCCAAAAGUUUUUGUAUAUACAAAAUAGAAUUUGUUAAAUGUAAAAUAUUGCCAGUGGCGUUAUGAAAUUUAAUUUUCCGUAAAUAAAUUAUUGUUUGUACAUCA